AUGGAGGCGAGCGACUGUUCGUAUGUGGGGCAGGUGAAGGCGGGGCGAAGGGAGGGCUCGGGGGUGCUGCUGUGCGACACAGGGCUACGGUUCGAGGGCAGCUUCAAGAACAACCAGAUCGAGGGACCCGGGGUCUUCGACCUGCCACAGAAGGGGGGCAGGUGGAAGGGCAGCCUCCACCGAGGCGUCCCGUCCGGCCCGUCCAUCUUCACCCUCCCCGACGGCACCACCUUUCACGGUGAGUUCAGGGACGGCAAGCCAGAGGGAGCGGCGAAGAUAGUGUUUCCCGAUGGCCGGGUGGUGGAGCUGCGCUACGCCAACAACCGCAACCCGUCCGUGCGUCUGGUGACCUCCCAAGGCAACGUGUACGAGGGCACGCGGGACAUGACCAAGGAAAAGCCCUCUCUGGAGAUCAUGAAGCAGCAUCUCCAGCAGCUGAAGGACAAGCCAGAUCAGGGCGACGAACCGACAAGCACGCCGCGUAACCGGGAGGUCAGCUCCAAUUGGAACUUGAUUACAUUCAACACCUUCACUUCCAAGGAGGGUGACGUGUACCGGGGCGAGUUCAAGGCCGGCAGGCGACACGGGCAGGGCGAGAUCAGGUGCUCCAACGGCCGGCGGUACGUGGGCUCCUUCAAGAAGGGACGCAAGCACGGGCGGGGCACCUACACCCUGGCCGACGGCAGCCACUACGAAGGGUUCUUCGCCAAAGGCAAGCGACACGGCAAGGGGAGGUACAUGUCGGCGGACGGCACCAAGUACGAGGGGGACUUCGCCGAAGGCAAGAAGCACGGCUACGGCGUCUACACAUUCGCCGACGGGAGCGUCUACCAGGGCGAUUUCUACAACGACAACUUCAAGGGCAAGGGGCGGUACAGCUAUGCCGACGGAGAGUGCUACGAGGGCUACUUCGCCAACGACAUGUUUCACGGCUACGGCGAGUACACGUUCUCCGGGGGCGACAUCUACAAGGGCCAUGGCAAAUUUGCUAAUGGUCGCUUCUGUGGGCACGGCGUCUAUACCUACCCCAAUGGCAGCUGCUAUGAAGGGCCAUUCCUGAACGACCAGAAGAACGGCCAGGGAACGUUCACUGACUACAACGGCCAGAAGUACCUCGAGAUGUGGAAGAUGGGCUCCCGGGUGAGCAGGACGCCCAUCGCCGUCGGUGGCGACAACGCCGGCGCGGCUCCCGGAAGCGGCGGCGACGAGGAUGAGCACUCGGUCGGUGGGCGCACGUCGUCCACCACCUCGGUCGGGUCGAGCUCGGGCGACGAGGCCUGGCCUGUCGCCAAGCGGUCGUCGUCAUCGUCGUCGCCCAGCAACAGCCUGGUGAGCGACACCGUGCUCAGCGAUGCCCUGGACGACGCCUGGGACAACAGCCUCACCGCCGACGCCGUGGUCUCGCUGGUCAACAAGCUGAGCGAGGACGGCGGUGGGUACGGCGAGGGACCCAACGUGAUCGGCAGCACGAUCGGCGUGUGGAUCGGGAGCGGCAUCGUGGGCGGCGGGGGCAGCGGCGGCGGCGGGGGCAAGUCGCAGCCGGCCAAGCAGAAGCGGAAGCGCGGGAGCAGCGUGUUCAGGCGCAAGGGCGACAAGGCACACAGCCCCGCGCCACAUCGAUCCUCCAGCAGCUGCGCGCGGCUGCCGUAG